CGAGAAGUUAUUGGGCUUUGUUUCCAUGGGCUGGAGCGGCUCAAUGUGGUCUUCGACACGGCGAAAGUGCCGCGUCGGCACGAAGCGAUUCCCAUGCAUUCCAAAUGGCCGUUGUUGCGUACACCAUUCCGAGUCAGACAAUUCUCUGCCAGAAGAUAUGAUUGUAUAUUCAAGGCUCGGGAAGAGACCAAUUGCGAUGCAUCGUCGGCGAAAGCCGAUCGCCAAUAUGGUGCUCAUGUACGCCGUUUGUGCAAUACUGAGUUCUUGGUCUCCGUCGGGUGCUUUUCAUUCGCCUUUUCGAAUCCAGCCCAACCCAAAUACCCGCCCGAGACCUAGGACUUUGAGGUGGCAGAAACCAGUCAUAGACCGAUCACGACAGCAUUUGUUUGUGGUUUUAUUUGAUUCCGAAACCCAGGUAGAUGUAGAAGUAUCUGGAUUGACGGGUCAACAACAUUCAAAGAACUCGGCCUCCGAUAGGGAGGAUAGUAGCCACCGGAUUGCGGUCAAUGGAGACACUGACACAAGAACGAAAGUCAGCCAUUUCCCUACAUUCAAUGGCGUCACCCAUUCAAACGGGCCGGCUUCCGUGACAUCCGCAUCUCCGCAGCACGAGGAAGAUUAUCCUCGACCAACCGAAAACGGUGGAUACACCCACACGAACGCUUCCCGUGCUAAAAUAUCGGCCGCCAACAAGGGCAAGACACCGUGGAACAAGGGCAAGUCACGUUCGGACGAAACACGUGCAAAAAUUGCGGCUGGUGUACGGGCUCGGAACCGCCAACGCUUUUUAGAGAAACUGGAAGAUUUGGGCGUGACAGAGGAGCAAUACGAAGAGCAAAAGCGAGAAGUUAAGCGUGUUAGAGAAGCAGAACGCCGGGCGCGGCGUACCGAAAAUGGUGGGUACCGGCCCACCGAAGCAACGAAGCAAAAAAUAAGUCAAAUUUUGAAAGAAAAAUACGCGAGUGGGGAAGUCAAGCCGCGCACAAUCGAUCCCACAAAGGUCCGGAAAGGAUUUACACACUCGGAUGAAACCCGCAGGAAAAUAUCGGAAUCCCUGAAACGACGAUGGGCGGAUGAUGAGGGAUAUCGCGAAAAUAUGAUGGAAAAGUUCAACACCGCCAAUGCAAACAGCCAAGUUCGUGACAAGAUUAGUGCUAGUCUGCGGAAAAAGUGGCAGGAUCCCGAGUUUCGUUCCGAAAUGCUCGAUAAGAUUGCCAACCGAAGGCCUACGGCUGGAUCGACGCGCGAUGUAACACAUCGUGCCAAAAUAAGUGCCGCAAUGAAAGCCAAGUGGAAGGAUGAAGAGUAUCGAAAAAAAGCUCUGGAUUCGAUCGCUAAACGGAAAGAAGGAAUGCUUGCAAAGCGGCCAUCACGGUCACCAAAAGAGAAGACUCCUCGAAAGAGGUCAGCUCACAAUCCCUCAGCGGGAAUAAUUGUAGUGGACCCAUCGAAGCCGAAAGCCAAUUCCCAUACGAAAUCGCUGAGGCCCACAAAAGGCAGUAGAGCAUCUACUGCAGCCACGCCAAACAAACUCAAAGUGCAGAAAAAGGUGGCAAAGAAAAAGACCAAUGUUGUGCCGAAAAGAAACAACUUACCCGAUGCGACUCCAGCAGCCAAGACGAAGAAAAUGAAGGCCGAUGGCAAUGUAGAUUUGCUACGAGAAGAGAGACGUGAUUUGUAUGAUUUGCUAUACGGUGACGAUGAAAGUCCCAUCGCUGGUGGCAAGAACUUUGAAAUCGGCGACGAAAACCUGGAUUCGUACGAUCCUUACGGGUUGGAAGACUUUUAAGGGUCUACUCCGCUUUAUCUCCCACCCUUUGCGUCCUUUGACUCAUCAAAAGUGCAAAAUAGCAACUGCUCUGUUAUUACUAGUCACACAUUUAUCUUCAA